CUGCCCCCAGUACAGAUGACGUGGCGCUGUACAUUGGCGUCGUCAUCGCUGUGAUCAUGUGUCUGGUCAUCUCCGUCAUCGUGGCGCUGUUCGUCUACAGGAAGCACCACCGCGACUUUGACUCUGACAUCAUAGACACCUCGGCCCUCAACGGGGGCUUCCAGCCCGUCAGCAUCAAGACGGCUCGAACAGGUGGGUCGGAGGUGUGUCUGUGUCUGUGUGUCUGUGUGUGUGUGUGUGUGUGUGUGUGUGUGUGUGUGAGGGGUGUCCUUUUGUAUCAGAAUAACAGGUGAUAAAUAGGUGUUACACAACCUUCCUAUCUAUCUUUAUUCGAGUGUAAUUAGAUUUGGGCAGGAGAGGAUUGGUUUAAAUAGCAGCCUGCACCUGGCUGUUAGAAAGAGAGAGAGAAAUAGAGAGAAAUAGAGAAAGACAUUAGUCCACACUAAAGGUGCUGCAUUUACCCCUUGUGCCUUGGUGUCAUCCCUCAUCUACAGUCACAACCACAGCUAGACAGGUUAACACAUUGCAUGUUGACGAGGACACAUCUAUAAACAAUGUUGAUUUAGAAUACAAAUAGGCUCAUUAUUCAAACACACCACUAGCUAUUUACCAUACUGGCUGUAUAUACAUGUUUAGCAACCAUUUCUCUUACACUGUGUAUGGUAGAGAAGAUGAGGAGGAGGAGUGUGUCUGUUACUGUCCCCACCCCGCCCACUCAGCACAAAUCAUGAAUAUUCAUAUGUGUACCUGGUAGGUAAAGUGCUAUAUAAUGAAGCCAUCUGUUCCUUAUGAAACGCUGUGCUGCGGAGCGAUAGUUAAGGCUGGAGCUCUGAGUAACAGGACUUUUCACACUGUUUAUGUGUAGAGCUGUAGAGUAAACAAAUAACUCAAUACAGUUUAGUUUAAGCAGGAGGUAGCUGAAACCAGCCAUGUCAACCCACAAAAAAGCUAACCAAAAGCUAAAAAGAAGAUGGCCUAAAAAAGUUAGCUGAAGUCUCUUAACAGGUCAAUACUGAUUGGUCCUGAUGGUGUAUUGGUCAGGUUUGGUCUGACUGCACCUCUACUUACACGAUACAGUAGUCUUACCACUGACAUCACCAUUGUCCUCUCCUCUCCUGUCCACAGCUGACCUCCUGACGGCGCCCCCUGACCUGACCUCUGCGGCGGCCAUGUACCGCGGUCCGGUCUACGCCCUCCACGAUGUGGCCGACAAGAUCCCCAUGACCAACUCCCCCCUCUUGGACCCCCUGCCCAACCUGAAGAUCAAGGUGUACAACUCCUCUGGUCUGGUAACCCCUUCAGAGGACCUGUCUGACUUCUCCUCCAAGCUGUCCCCCAAGCUGCCCCACUGCCUGCUGGAUGGGGACACCAUGGGAAGGAGGACCCAGACCCAGACCCUGCUCCGAACCGGCACCAGGGACCCCUCCUGUACCGCUCUGGGCUCCUUCAACUCCCUGGGGGGGCAUCUCAUUGUCCCCAACUCAGGUAUGGGUCUUUAUGGUACAGUCUCAAAGUGGUUGGUCUAUACUAUUUUAUAGGUGUGUUUUAAUAAAGUGAAGAAAACAACGCUUUUCUUAAAGCUAGAAUGCUUAAUUGAAACAAUAACAAAGCGAACACCCCACCGCUAUUUUGGUAAAAAGCUGAGGGAUGGGCCUGGAAAAAUGUAACCACUCUCAAAUUCAUAGACAGAGGUAUGGAUGCAAGGACUGACCAUCCAUGAUAUUACAAUUAUAGUUUUAAGCAUUUUUUGAGGCUAUACAGUGUUUACAUUUACAUUGUUUACAAACAUUGGAGUUAAACAAGCUUAUAUUUUGGGUUAUGAUUGGGUAUGACAGUUGAACUAAGCUCCUGAGGCAUUUAUAAGUAAUAUUCUUCAAGAAUCAAUAGGUAUAUACAGUAUCAUCGAUUUAUAAGUCCAAAAAUGGAUGUAGCAAUUAAGGGUUCUAGCUUUAAUACAGCACAGGCCAGGGUCUGUUUAGCCAGAUGGAAUCUGUGGAGGCAGAAUCUCGCUAAGCGGUUAGUCAUUUGAAGUCAAGCACUGGAAUUAAUUGAAGUCAAACUAAUUAGUCCUAUUCAAAAUGAAUAAAAUGAACUUUAAACUGAAUAAGUAUUCCGGUAAGGCUGUAAAGGUAUUUAUAAGAAAAGGUCCCUGCAGAUCCAUCAGGCUCAGGGGCCUGAGCCAUAAGCAAUUAACAGACCGCUUUAGCCUCUAGAUGGUGAUUGGAGCUUUGGUGCUUUCAUACGCUGACAUUGGUUUGAGGUGCUUUAUCAGUGCUCCCUCUACUAUAGUUCUAUAGAGCAGCUGACAAGGUCCCCUCGUGUUGAGUGUGUUAGAAGGCUGUUUCCUCAAAGUGACUUAGCACGGUGUGUGUAAUAACAUGAUUAAUUCCAUCCCCCCUUCCCACGCUACGCACCAACGGGAGCGCUAGCAUUCCAUUCAUUCAUUAUGAUCAGGAGAUGAUGCUGUGAUCCUGACACGUCUUCCCCUCUAAUUCACCAGGGAUCACCCUUAUCCUAUACACAUGGCAUGGGGCUAAUGCCAUACUGAAGCAUGACUACCUGGAGAGAGGGAGGGAGAGAGAUGGGGUGAGAGAAGGAGAGAGAGCGAGAGAGAGACAGAGAGAGAGGGAGGGAGAGAGAGAGGGGGUGAGAGGAGAGAGCUAAGCGAUCAGAGAGACGAGAGAGGAGAGAGAGAGGGAGGGAGAGAGAGAGAGAGGAGAGAGAGAGGAGAGAGGGAGGGGGGGGAGAGAGGAGAGGAGCGAAAGAGAGAGAGGGAGGGAGAGAGAGGGGGGGUGAGAGAAGGAGAGAGAGAGAGAGAGACAGUGAGGGAGGGAGGGAGGGAGAGGGAGAGAUAUGGUGGUGAGAGAAGGAGAGAGAGGGGGAGGGAGAGGAGGGGGUGGAGAGAGAGGAGGAGUGAGAGAGAGAGAGAGGAGAGAGAGGGGUGAGAGAGAGGGGGAGAGGAGGGGUGAGGAGGGAGAGGGGGGAGAGAGAGGGGUGGAGAGGAGAGAGAGAGAGAGAAGAGAGGAGGGGGAGGGGGGAGAGGGUGAGAGAGAGAGGAGAGGACGAGAGAGAGGAGAGGAGAGAGAGAAUGAGGGGGAGAGGAGAGAGAGAGAGACAGACAGAGAGAGGGAGGGAGGGAGAGAGAGAGAGGGAGACAGAGAAGGGGAGAGGAGAGAGAGAGACAGAGAGAGGGAGGGAGAGAGAGACAGAGAGAGAGGGAGGGAGAGGGGGGGUGAGAAAAGUAGAGCGAGAGAGACAGAGAGGGAGGGAGGGAGGAGAGAGGGGGGUGAGAGAAGGAGAGAGAGAGAGGAGAUUUGACUUUUGAAAGAGUUCUUAAAGCUCUCCACGGUAAAUCAGAGCAUGGGUUCUGGGGUUGCCUGUCUGCUCAGAGCACAGAGCAUGUGGUGGUACACUUCUGUUCUGUUCUGUUUAAGCUGUAGUACUGCCUACAUUAUCUGUGCAGUUCCUCACUUGGCACACAUGUGGUCUGUUUGGGAUGCAGUACAGAUGCAUGUUGACAGCUGGGAAAAACAGGCAGAAACAUUAAAGGAUAACAACUUCUAGGGUUUUUUGAGUUUUUCUCUGGAAAACUUGUCUCUGGCUGAUGUUAGCUACCUCAUCAUGUUACUCAGAGAGAAGGAGAGAGAGCGAGAGAGAGAGAGAGAGAGAGAGAGAGAGAGAGAGAGAGAGACAGAGAGGGAGGGAGGGAGAGAGAGGGGGGUGAGAGAAGGAGAGAGAGAGAGAGAGAUUUGACUUUGAAAGAGUUCUUAAAGCUCUCCACGGUCAAUCAGAGCAUGGGUUCUGGGUGCCUGUCUGCUCAGAGCACAGAGCAUGUGGUUGGUACACUUCUGUUCUGUUCUGUUUAAGCUGUAGUACUGCCUACAUUAUCUGUGCAGUUCUCACUUGGCACACAUGUGGUCUGUUUGGGAUGCAGUACAGAUGCAUGUUGACAGCUGGGAAAAACAGGCAGAAACAUUAAAGGAUAACAACUUCUAGGGUUUUUUGAGUUUUGGGACCAAGUGUGCAAUUAAAUGCAAAUUAAUUACUUAAAAAUCAUACAGUGUGAUUUUCUGGAUUUUUGUUUUAGAUUCCGUCUCUCACAGUUGAAUUGUACCUAUGAUAAAAAUUAUCAGACCUCUACAUGCUUUGUAAGUAGGAAAACCUGCAAAAUCGGCAGUGUAUCAAAUACUUGUUCUCCCCACUGUAUGUGACAAAUGUAUGCACUCACUAGCUGUAAGUCGCUCUGGAUAAGAGCGUCCGCUAAAUGACUAAAAUGUAAAAUGUAAAAAUAAAAUUAUAUUUUAUUUUAUUUCUGGGGUUCCUGGGGGUAAUGGACAGAUCUGAGGUCGCUCGCGUUGCUCUCUCGAUAGGGGUCUCGAGCGAGAGCGCGGGUGCGAGCGCGCGAGAGCGCUAGCGAGAGCGAGAGAGACGCGGGCGAGCGAGGCGCGCGCGCAGCGCGCGAGAGAGAGAGAGCGAUGGGGGAGAGCGAGAGAGCGCGGUCCUAUCUCUCUCUCUCUCUCUCUCUCUCUCUAUCUCUCUCUAUCUCUCUCUCUCUCUCUCUCUCUCUCUCUCUCUCUCUCUCUCUCUCUCUCUCUCUCUCUCUCUCUCUCUCUCACACCUUUUGAAAGGUUCACUACAAGGACAUGGGAAAUCAAUGAGCUAUCUGACAAACCCUGGAGAGGGGGGGGGGGGGGGGGGGAAAAUCUCCCUGAAAAACAGAGUGAGAAGUAAAGUAUUUUGUCUGUUAUGAAUGUUAUGUUAUGUGUCGGACCCCAGUAAGGCUAAUGGGGAUCCUACUAAAUCAAAUCAAAUCAGGACAUGAAAUCAGACACAGAUGGAGAACAUUUAAACCACAUACAUUCAUCUCUACCAUAUAAUGUUGUUUGGGUGCAUUGUGAGGCAGUAUUUAAACCACAGUAAGAGACAGAGGGAAGGGCCAGUGAGUGACAUGGCUGUGGUUGUUUUGGCCUCAGGAUGUCUCUCCACUGUCUGUCUGUCUAUCCGUCUGUCUCUCUAUUGUCUCUGUCUGUCCCUCUGUCUGUCUCCCUUUCGGUCUGUCUGUCUGUCUGUCUGUCUGUCUGUCCGUCUGUCUCUCUAUUGUCUCUGUCUGUCUGUCUGUCUGUCUGUCUGUCUCUCUUUCAGUCUGUCUGUCCGUCUGUCUCUCUACUGUCUCUGUCUGUCUCUCUGUCUGUCUGUCUGUCUGUCUGUCUGUCUGUCUGUCUGUCUGUCUGUCUGUCUGUCUGUCUGUCUGUCUGUCUCUCUCUCUUUCGGUCUGUCUGUCUCUCUGUCUCUCUGUCUCUCUCUCUGUCUGUCUGUCUGUCUGUCUGUUUGUUUGCCUGGUGCUAGGUAGGGGAUAAACACUAAACACAGAAUGACAGAGUGAGCAUGACAGGGAGGGCUGGAGGUCAGUGCAGGGCUGGACAGACAGAGUGUGUGUGACUGGACUGUGUCUGACUAGUGUGUGACUACAAAGUGUUUGUGACCACAGUGUGUGUGACUAGAGUUUGUGACUAAAUUGUUUGUGACCACAGUGUGUGUGACUAGAGUUUGUGACUAAAGCGUUUGUGACCACAGUGUGUGUGACCAGAGUGUGUGUGAUCGCGAUGUGUCUUGUCUUCACAGGGGUGAGUCUGCUAGUUCCAGCGGGGGCAGUCCCACAGGGUAGAGUGUAUGACAUGUACGUGACCGUUCACAGGAAGGACAGCAUGAGGUAACUACAAUCAAUGUUUUCCCUUCUGGCUCUGCUGUUUACACCGGUCAGCACACACACCUCCUACAGACACUGUCACAACACGUCUAACCUGGGUGUGUGUGUGUUCCCCCAGGCCCCCAGUCGAUGACUGCCAGACAGUGCUGAGUUCAGUGGUGAGCUGUGGCCCCCCAGGGGCCCUCCUGACUCGCCCAGUCAUCAUCACCAUGCACCACUGUGCUGAGGCCGACAGUGAUUCAGCCGAGGAUUGGCUGAUCCAGCUCAAGAGCCAAUCACAGCAGGCCCAGUGGGAGGUGAGGGGCAUGUUGCUGUGUGUUGCCUGCCAACGUGUGUGGAUGUGGAAGAUGGUACUGGAAAAGGUGAUGCAAUACUGGGAAAAAAGACAAGACAAAGUUGGAUGGAAAGAACUAAGGCAGAAUUAUAAUGGCUAAAUGACAUGAGGUAGGAUGACCGUGGGGAGUAACAGUAGACAAUGGGAUAAGCUACUGCAUCUCUCAUGGCAGGGAGAGUAAAGUAGCCUACAUACAUACAGCCUGUCUGUCUGUCUGUCUGCCUGUCUAUCUGCCUGUCUGCCUGUCUGCCUGCCUGUCUGCCUGUCUGCCUGUCUGCCUGCCUGCCUGCCUGCCUGUCUGCCUGUUUGCCUGUCUGCCUGCCUGCCUGCCUGCCUGCCUGCCUGCCUGCCUGUCUGUCUGUCUGUCUGUCUGUCUGUCUGUCUGUCUGUCUGCCUGCCUGCCUGCCUGCCUGCCUGCCUGCCUGCCUGUCUGUCUGUCUGUCUGUCUGUCUGUCUGUCUGUCUGUCUGUCUGUCUGUCUGCCUGCCUGCCUGCCUGCCUGCCUGUCUGUCUGUCUGUCUGUCCUGUCUGUCUGCCUGUCUGCCUAUCUGUCUGUCUGCCUGCCUGCCUGCCUGCCUGUCUGCCUGUCUGCCUAUCUGCCUGUCUACCUCGUUGGGACUAACAAAAUGUCCCCAGUUGGUCAAAUUUCUGUUUGUUUACUAUUCUUGUGGGGACUUCUGGUCCCCACAAGAAUAGUUAAACACGUCCACACACACGCACACACACAAACACGCACACAAAUACACACACACAUCCUCACACACACACACAUGCAUGUGCGCGCACACACACUUACACACAUACCCAAACAUAAUGGUUUAAUUAGCAGUAGCAGAAGGCAGAUGCAGCUUAUGCAAACGCCUCCGCACUAUAAACAUCUCCUUAGAGCUGGUAAGCAUUGUCCCCCCUCCACAACCACCACCACCAACACUAACACCAACACAACCACCACCACCAACACGAAAAAAAACACAACAAAAACCAACAAACCAAAACAAACAAAAACAAACCACACAACACCAAACACGAACACCAACACAACCAACCACCACCAACAAACGAACAACCAAACACAAACCAAACACAACCAACACGAAAAACCCAAACAAAAACACAAAACAACACAAACAACAAAACAACAACACAAAAAAAAACACACAAAAACAAACAAACAAACAACAACCAACAAAACAACAAAACACAAACAAAAAACAAACCACACAAACCAACACAACACCAACACAACAAACAAAAACAACACAACCCCAAACACAACACAACACAAACACAACCAAACGAACACCAACACAAAACAAACACCACCAACAAACGAACACAACACAAACCAACCACCACCAACACAAAACACCAAAACAAACACCAACCACCAAACACGAACACAACAAACACACACCACCAACACGAACACCACCAAAAACCACACCACCAACACAACACCAACCACAACCACACCACCAACAAAACACCAACACAACCACCACCACCAACACUAACACCAACACAACCACACCACCAACAACACAACACCAAACAAACCAAACCACCACCAACACUAACACCAACACAACCACCACCACCAACACUAACACCAACACAACCACCACCACCAACACUAACACCAACACAACCACCACCACCAACACUAACACCAACACAACCACCACCACCAACACUAACACAAAACAAAAAAAAACACAAACCACCACCAAAAACAAAAAAACCACAACACAACACAAACCAAACAACCACACCACCAAACGAACACAAACAAACAACAACCACCAAACACGAACACCAAAAAAACAAACCCACAAACCAAAACACAAAAAAAAAAACACCAAAAGACACCAACACAACACACACCACGAACACCAACACAACACACCACCAACACGAACACCACCACAAAACAAACCAAACCACCACACCACCAACACAACACCAACACAAACACACACACACACCAACACAAAAACACAACAACAACACCAACAACACUAACACCAACACAACACCACCACCACACAACAACACAACCACACACCACCAAACAACAACACACAACACAACCACACACCACACCACUAACACCAACAACAAACACCAACACACACACCAACAACACAAACACACACACAAAACACAACCACCAACCAACAACUAACAACCAAACAAACCACCCACCACCACCAACCCCAACACCAACACAACCACCACCACCAACACUAACACCAACACAACCACCACCACCAACACUAACACCAACACAACCAACACCACACCAACAAACAACAACCCAACACACACACAACCUAACACCAACACAACCAACACCACCAACACUAACACCAACACAACCAACACCACCAACACCACCAACACCACCAGCACCACCACCCCCACCACCUCCACCAUCACAUACAUAUAAUAUCUCUGAAACACACACAAACUCACACUUUCUCAGUUUAAUAAUACACUCUACCCACAACACUCCUACACACUCACUCUUUCCCUUGCAGUUGAGUCGUGCUGCAGAUGAAAGGUGCCUUCUUUCUCCUCAGCUUGGGGUGCUGAAUUCUACUCUAAUGUGUGAAAUAUAAUACAAUUGUCAGUAGUUAUUACGCUAAAUAAAUAACCUAUCAAUUAUUAUUUAUAAUUUGUCCGGAAAUCAUCUGGUUGUUCAUUUUGCUGUCAGAUAGACUAGUCACUGGGGCUCUGUAGUAUUGACAUGUGAAGGGAUGUAUUUGAGUGUUGGUGUAAAACACUGAAAUGAUUCCAUUCCAGCUAGCUGUCAGAGCAGAGCCUCUGGCCUGGUCAUCACUGGCCUGUCAACUCACACACUGAUACUCCCAUCCCCUCAUACACAGCCCUGGCCUGGCUCUAUAAUCCUUCAGCUGCUUAGCAACAGCCUCUGGCCUCUCAUCCCAUCAGAGCUGAUACAGCCCUACUCUACUACUCAAGGUCUGUGGGUUUCUGUCAGAGUUUCACUAAGAUAUAGUCCUACAGAAAGCAGUGGGGUGAAGACUAGUUCAGUGAUGUGUAGAAGGGUGUUGGAAGGAGAACACUAGUUUCCUAGCUUCCUGUAUUAUUUCCUAGAUUCCUACCUCCCUUCAUACAUGUCUAUAGAAAGCAGUUGGGUUUAUUUUAAUUGAAGGUUGUAUAGAAAACUAUUGAUAGGAUAAACUAGAUUCCUGUAUUAUUUCUUAGAUUCCUAGAAUUCUAGAUUUAGACUUUUGAAAACAGUGGGUUUUAGGGUUUAGGGUUGUGUGUUGGAAAGAGAAACUAGAUCCUUGUAUAUUUUGACCACCUGACCCCUCUGCAGUCAGUGUGGGAGAGAGAGACUGUGAGCGACUCUGAGAGAAAUGUGGGUUUGAUGUGGUAAUGAGAGACUGGUUUGAGUCUUUUUUCAGCCGUUCGUUCUACUGCAUCAAAAACAGAAGAACUGCCUGUCCUGAGAGAAGCUUUAUUAGAUUUGCCUUGGACUCUCUUUGUCAGCUCUGUUGACAGAUACUUAGAAACCUUCAGAGUUGCAAGAAGAAUAUAAAAUAAAUCUGUAAUAUACAGUCUUAUUGUGGGCUACAUACAGAAUGUGACUUUGAAGGAUUGGCUCUGGGCAGCCAAUAAAACAAGAUUGCGGAGUGAAAGCAUUUAAACAGAGAAAUAAGUAUUGACUAUAUCUCAGCCUGUCAGCUAUGUGGAUGGUAAUAUCAUGAGGUGACGGCUAGUUGCUUUAUAUGAGCUUAUUUUCUCACUGAGCUGAGGCCAACCACACACAUAGGACUGGUGAUAUAUUGCGUUUGCUAUGACAGAAAACGGUAGCUAUCCCUUCUAAUUCUCCCAAUAGAGAGGGAGGCAGUCAGACAGUCAGGCAGUCAUAGUGAGAGAGAUUCAGCAUCUGGGUAAAUAAACUAUAUAUACCAAAGUAUGUGGACACCCCUUCAAAUUAAUGUAUAAAACCGAGCACACAGCCAUGCAAUCUCCAUAGACAAACAUUGGUAGUAGAAUGGCCUUACUGAAAAACUCAGUGACUUUCAACGUAGCACUGUAAUUGGAUGCCACCUUUCCAAGAAGUCAGUUUGUCAAAUUUCUGCCCUGCUAGAGCUGCCCUGGUCAACUGUAAGUGCUGUUAUUGUGAAGUGGGAAUGUCUAGGAGCAACAACGGCUCAGCCGCGAAGUAGUAGGCCACACAAGCCAAGCUCACAAAACGGGACCGCCGAGUGCUGAAGCGCGUAACGUGUAAAAAUGGUCUGUCCUCGGUUGCAACACUGACUACCGAGUUCCAAACUGCAUCUGUAAGCAACGUCAGCACAAUAACUUUUAGUCUGGAGCUACAUUAAAUGGGUUUCCAUGGCCGAGCAGCCGCACACAAGCCUAAGAUCACCAUGCGCAAUGCCAAGCGUCGGCUGGAGUGGUGUAAAGCUCGCCUCCAUUGGACUCUGGAGCAGUGUAAACGCGUUCUCAAAUGCUUCAUCAUCUGGCAGUCCGACGGACAAAUCUGGGUUUGGCGGAUGCCAGGAGAUCUCUACCUGCCCCAAUGCAUAGUGCCAUCUGUAAAGUUUGGUGGAGGAGAAAUAAUGGUCUGGGACUGUUUUUCAUGGUUCGGGCUAGGCCCCUUAGUUCCAGUGAAGGGACAUCUUAAUUCUACAGCAUACAAUGACAUUCUAAGCAAUUCUGUUUCCAACUUUGUGGCAACAGUUUGGGAAAGGCCAUUUCCUGUUUCAGCAUGACAAUGCCCCCAUGCACAAAGCGAGGUCCAUACAGAAAUGGUUUGUCGAGAUCGGUGUGGAAGAACAUGACUGGCCUGCACAGAGCCCUGACCUCAACCCCAUCAAACACCUUGGAAUGCCGACUGCGAGCCAGGCCUAAUCGCCCAACAUCAGUGCCCAACCUCACUAAUGCUCUUGUGGUUGAAUCGAAGCAAGUCCGCGCAGUAAUGUUCCAACAUCUAGCGGAAAGCCUUUCCAGAAGAGUGGAUGUUGUUAUAGCAGCAAAGGGGGGACCAACUCCAUAUUAAUGCCCCUGAUUUUGGAAUGAGAUGUUGGACGAGCCAUGUAGUGAAUGAUAUUACCAUCAUCCAGUGUGAAUAACAUAUCUCAUUAGAUAUGUCCAGCACAGGGAGCUGUUAGAGGAAAGGGUGUGUGUGUGUGUGUGUGUGUGUGAAAGCACAGCAGGAGUCUUGUGGGUGGGUGAAUAGGUGGGUGCAUGCGCGUGCAUGGGCGCAUGUGUGCGUGCAAGUGUAUGUGUGUGUUUGUGUGUGUGUGUGUGUGUGUGUGUGUGUGUGUGUAGAUAAAGAUAGCAGAGUGUUAUGAGUAACAGGUGGUCUCUCUGCCUCAGUAAGUCUCUCCUCACUGAGUCUUUAUGCACAAGUCUCUGUCACCACGCCAUGAUUGAUGAUGGAAUAUGGUGGAAAAGCCUUUGUGUGUGUCUGAAGGGCAGAAUGUUGGCUGUGAUGAAUUGAGUGAGGAAUUGAGUAAAUAAAUCACUUUCCUGUGCCUGUAAGUGUGUGUGUGUGUGUGUGUGUGUGUGUGUGUGUGUGUGUGUGUGUGUGUGUGUGUGUGUGUGUUUACGCACACAUGCUCGUGUGUGUCAAAUCAAAAUCAAAUCAACAUUUAUUGGUCGCGUACACAGGUUUGCAGGUGUUAUAGCAGGUGCAGCUAAAUGCUUAUGCUACUAGCUCCAACAGUGAAGUAGAAUGUCUAUCAAAUACAAUACAAAUACACAAAUAAUAAAACAAUCCAAACAAGAAAUCAAGAAACGACAGACCUGGUCAAAUUAACAACCCAGAGUAGAUAUAUUAGAGUGAGAAUGUGUCACAAUCUAGAAUAGAAAUAUAUGAUGUGUAUAGACAGUAUAUCAUUUGGAAAUACAGUAGUAGGUCUAUUAGGAUGGGCUGUGUGGAGAAUAAACAACAGUAUAAACUGUAAACACUGUAAGUGGCUGUGUGUGUGUGUGUGUUUAUGUGUGUUUGUGUGUGUGUGUCCCAGUUUUCCACUCUAUAUUGUAAUUAUCCCCCCAGUGUGGAACACUCAUAAUAAACCCCACGACCAGUUAAAGAGCUUAAUGACCAGCUAUAAUACUGCUGUUAAACGGCCUGGCUCCAUAGAAAAUACCGUCACACACGCACACACACACUAUGAAAUACUGUCAUUCCUCUUCUGUCUAUCUGUCUCUCACAAUGGGCUGAAUGGAUGCCAGGCGGUGUGCUGCUCAUAGGUGCGUCAGGAUAAAGAUCCCAGCAGGAGCCUCUUAGACCCAGACACCAGUAAUGAAACAGGAAUAUGCUCUGAAAUGAUCCCUCGAGCGCUGACACCGUGGUCAACUAGGAGAGGGACAUUAUGCUAUUACCUUAUACAUGUUGGUCUAUUGUUACAGACAUUAUAUGUUUACACACGUAUGUAGGCAGGCACUUGCAUACGGAUACAAACACACAAGCACACACACACACACACACACACACACACACACACACACACACACACACACACACACACACACACACACACACACACUCUCAUUCUCGCUCUCUCUCUAGGAGGUGGUGGUGGUAGGAGAGGAGAACUUCACCACUCCCUGUUACAUCCAGAUGGAUGAGGAGGCAUGUCACAUCCUGACAGAGACCCUAGGGACCUACUGCCUGGUGGGCCAGUCCUGCAGCGCGGCCACCACCAAGAGACUCAAACUGGCCAUCUUCGGCCCCGUCACCUGCCCUGCCCUGGAGUACCACAUUAGAGUCUACUGCCUUGACGACACACAGGACUCACUCAAAGUAAGUGUGGGUGUGUACAAGUAGCCAGCAGAUGCAGUGUGGGAAGGAGGCAGGCAGGCAGGCAAGCAGUGGGGGCUGUGUUUGUGUGCAGUAACAAGGGAAGAUGAGCGCAUGCAUUUGAAUAUAAUCUCCACGGCCAAGCUGCUCCUAGAGAAAUUAUGCCGUGCCCUCGCAAAUAUUAACCAUAUUUAGUAUUUAUUCUACCCCAUCCUCCACCACUUUCCUCCCCCCCCAUCACCUCCAUCCACCUUCAGUGAAGAAAGAUAAGGUCUCAUUAUUACGUUUAGGAGGAGAAUAGGACCCAGUUAUUACGUUUGGGAAUGAGUAAUGAGAUUAAGAAUGAUCACGUUGAAUGUAGAUGUGAAUGUCACAUUUUGUGUAUGUUUAUAGAUGGGUUAUUACAUGGUUGGUACAUAAUGCCUGCUGAAAUUAUGUUGAAAGCCUGAUUUGGAAAGCAAACACUUCUUAUAGGAAGUUCCAACACAGAAUUCUGAUAAAUGAGUAGAUGGUGAUUGAUUCCAGAGUCAUAUCUCAACUUGUGUCUCUGUCGCUGUGUGUCUGUCUCUGUGUGUCUGUCUCGGUGUGUCUGUCUCUGUGUGUCUGUAGGAGGUCCUGCAGAUGGAGAAACAGAUGGGAGGGAAACUCCUGGACGAACCAAAGACCCUCAACUUCAAGGACAGCACCCACAACCUGCGACUGUCCAUCCACGAUGUCCCACACACACUGUGGAAGAGCAAGCUACUAGCCAAGUACCAGGUACACACACACACACACACACACACACACACGUAAUGUAAAGACACACACAAACACCCUUGGUGCCAGUAUAACCCCCCUCUCCCCAGGAGUUGUCGUUCCAGCAGGUGUGGUCUGGGUCCCAGAGGAAUCUCCACUGUACCUUCACCCUGGAGAGGUUCUGUCCCAGCACCGUGGACCUGGCCUGUAAGCUGUGUGUUCGACAGGUGGAGGGGGAGGGACAGAUCUUCCAGCUCGACACCACCCUCUCAGAGGUAGGGAAAUAGUAUUGUAUCCAGAUACAGUACAUACAUAUAGUGUACUAAUGAACAUAUCAGACCUGGGUUACAAAGUGCGAUUCAAAUUGAUUUAAUUGGCAUUUUUUGUCAGCGAUCUACACAAAAUACUCUGUAAUGUUAAAGUGGAAGAAAAAUUCUAACAUUUGUAAAAACAAUAUGACAAAUAAAACACAAAUAUAUCUUGAUUAGAUAAGUAUUCAACCCCCUGAGUCAAAACAUGUUAGACUCACCUUUGGCAGUGAUUACAGCUGUGAGUCUUUCUGGGUAAGUCUCUAAGAGCUUUGUACACCUGGAUUGUACAAUAUUUGCACAUUAUUCUUCAAACAAUUCUUCAAGCUCUGUCAAGUUGGUUGUUGAUCAUUGCUAGACAGCCAUUUUCAAGUCUUGCCAUAGAUUUUCAAGCCGAUUUAAGUCAAAACUGUAACUAGGUCACUCGGGAACAUUCAAUGUCGUCAUGGUAAGCAACUCCAGUGUAUAUUUGGCUUUGUGUUUAAGGUUAAUGCUGAAAGGUGAAAUUGUCUCCCAGUGUCUGUUGGAAAGCAGACUGAACCAGGUUUUCUUCUAGGAUUUUGCCUGUGCUUAGCUCUAUUCCGUUUCUUUUUAUCCUAAAAAAACACCCUAGUCCUUGCUGUUGACAAGCAUACCCAUAACAUGAUGCAGCCACCACCAUGUUUAAAAAUAUGAAGAGUGGUACUCAGUGAUGUUGUGUUGGAUUUGCCCCAAACAUUACGCUUUGUAUUCAGGACAUAAAGUUCAUUUCUAUGCCACAUUCUUUGCAGAAUUACUUUAGUGCCUUAUUGCAAACAGGAUACAUAUUUUGGAAUAUUUUUAUUCUGUACAGGCUUCCUUCUUUUCACUAUGUCAUUUAGGUUAGUAUUGUGGAGUUUUCUCCUAUCACAGCCAUUACACUCUGUAACUGUUUUAAAGUCACCAUUGGCCUCAUGGUGAAAUCCCUGAGCGGUUUCCUUCCUCUACGGCAACUGAGUUAGGAAGGACACCUGUAUCUCUGUAGUUACUGGGUGUAUUGAUACACCAUCCAAAGUGUAAUGAAUAACUUUACAACGCUCAAUGGGAUAUUAUAUUUUUAACCAUCUACCAAUAUAUGCCCUUCUUCGCGAGGCAUUGGAAAACCUUCUUGGUCUUUGUGGUAGAAUCUGUGUUUGAAAUUCACUGCUCGACUGAAGGACCUUACAGAUAAUUGUAUGUGUGGGGUACAGAGAUGAGGUUGUCAUUCAAAAAUCAUGUUAAACACUAUUAUUGCACACAAAGUGAGUCCAUGCAACUUAUAAUGUGAUUUGUUAAGCACAUUUUGACUCCUGAACUUAUUUAGGCUUGCCAUAACAAAGGGGUUGAAUACUUACUGACUCAAUUUGUAAUUAAUUUGUAAACAUUCUAAAAGCCUAAUUCCACUUUGACAUUAUGGGGUAUUGUGUGUAGGCCGGUGACACAAAAUCUAAAUUGAAUUAAUUUCAAAUUCAGGCUGUAACACAACGAAAUGUGGAAAAUGUCAAGGGGUGUGAAAACUUUCUGAAGGCACUGUAUAUGCUGAAUCAUGCGUACAUGCACAGACAAAUCAGACUAACUUGAUUUAGUCUAACUGACUUACUGCUAACUUGAGUUGAGGCUGGUGUUAUAUCAUAUAUUCCUAUCUUUUUCCAUGUCUUUGUCCAUCCUGGUUGUCAGGGGUUGAGUGAGAGUUUAGCCUUCUGUCAGUGAACUACUUUACUCAGACAGUGAGCCUUGAGCCCGCUGCACUCGCUGCCCUCUCUGUGAGAGCUUGUCUGUUAUUACUUUUUUAUUUUUCAUAGCUUCACAUAGAGCACAGCUCUAAGGGAGUAAUCACUCCAAUCUCACGCUGACAACCCCCUCACAAAGAGAAUGGUUGAGUAAGAGAUAAUUGGAACAGAGAUUGUACAGGGAAGAGUGGAUAGAGUGCUUUGCUCUAACCCUGGUCUUACCUUUCUAUCUGACUAGAGGCUAGUCGUAGCUCCUGUUCUCUGAGUGUGUCUAGACCUUUCUAUCUGACUAGAGGCUAGUCGUAGCUCCUGUUCUCUGAGCGUGUCUAGACCUUUCUAUCUGACUAGAGUCUAGUCGUAGCUCCUGUUCUCUCUGAGCGUGUCUAGACCUUUCUAUCUGACUAGAGGCUAGUCGUAGCUCCUGUUCUCUGAGUGUGUCUAGACCUUUCUAUCUGACUAGAGGCUAGUCGUAGCUUCUGUUCUCUGAGUGUGUCUAGACCUUUCUAUCUGACUAGAGGCUAGUCGUAGCUCCUGUUCUCUGAGCGUGUCUAGACCUUUCUAUCUGACUAGAGGCUAGUCGUAGCUCCUGUUCUCUGAGCGUGUCUAGACCUUUCUAUCUGACUAGAGGCUAGUCGUAGCUCCUGUUCUCUGAGUGUGUCUAGACCUUUCUAUCUGACUAGAGGCUAGUCGUAGCUCCUGUUCUCUGAGUGUGUCUAGACCUUUCUAUCUGACUAGAGGCUAGUCGUAGCUCCUGUUCUCUGAGCGUGUCUAGACCUUUCUAUCUGACUAGAGGCUAGUCGUAGCUCCUGUUCUCUGAGCGUGUCUAGACCUUUCUAUCUGACUAGAGGCUAGUCGUAGCUCCUGUUCUCUGAGCGUGUCUAGACCUUUCUAUCUGACUAGAGGCUAGUCGUAGCUCCUGUUCUCUGAGUGUGUCUAGACCUUUCUAUCUGACUAGAGGCUAGUCGUAGCUCCUGUUCUCUGAGUGUGUCUAGACCUUUCUAUCUGACUAGAGGCUAGUCGUAGCUUCUGUUCUCUGAGCGUGUCUAGACCUUUCUAUCUGACUAGAGGCUAGUCGUAGCUCCUGUUCUCUGAGUGUGUCUAGACCUUUCUAUCUGACUAGAGGCUAGUCGUAGCUUCUGUUCUCUGAGUGUGUCUAGACCUUUCUAUCUGACUAGAGGCUAGUCGUAGGUCCUGUUCUCUGAGCGUGUCGAGACCUUUCUAUCUGACUAGAGGCUAGUCGUAGCUUCUGUUCUCUGAGUGUGUCUAGACCUUUCUAUCUGACUAGAGGCUAGUCGUAGCUCCUGUUCUCUGAGCGUGUCUAGACCUUUCUAUCUGACUAGAGGCUAGUCGUAGCUCCUGUUCUCUGAGCGUGUCUAGACCUUUCUAUCUGACUAGAGGCUAGUCGUAGCUCCUGUUCUCUGAGCGUUGGUCUAGACCUUUCUAUCUGACUAGAGGCUAGUCGUAGGUCCUGUUCUCUGAGCGUGUCUGAGACCUUUCUAUCUGACUAGAGGCUAGUCGUUAGCUCCUGUUCUCUGAGCGUGUCUAGACCUUUCUAUCUGACUAGAGGCUAGUCGUAGCUCCUGUUCUCUCUGAGCGUGUCUAGACCUUUCUAUCUGACUAGAGGCUAGUCGUAGCUCCUGUUCUCUGAGCGUUGUCUAGACCUUUCUAUCUGACUAGAGGCUAGUCGUAGCUCCUGUUCUCUCUGAGCGUGUACUAGACCUUUCUAUCUGACUAGAGGCUAGUCGUAGCUCCUGUUCUCUGAGCGUGUCUAGACCUUUCUAUCUGACUAGAGGCUAGUCGUAGCUCCUGUUCUCUGAGCGUGUCUAGACCUUUCUAUCUGACUAGAGGCUAGUCGUAGCUCCUGUUUCUCUGAGCGUGUCUAGACCUUUCUAUCUGACUAGAGGCUAGUCGUAGCUCCUGUUCUCUGAGUGUGUCUAGACCUUUCUAUCUGACUAGAGGCUAGUCGUAGCUUCUGUUCUCUGAGCGUGUCUAGACCUUUCUAUCUGACUAGAGGCUAGUCGUAGCUCCUGUUCUCUGAGCGUGUCUAGACCUUUCUAUCUGACUAGAGGCUAGUCGUAGCUCCUGUUCUCUCUGAGCGUGUCUAGACCUUUCUAUCUGACUAGAGGCUAGUCGUAGCUCCUGUUCUCUGAGCGUGUCUAGACCUUUCUAUCUGACUAGAGGCUAGUCGUAGCUCCUGUUCUCUGAGCGUGUCUAGACCUUUCUAUCUGACUAGAGGCUAGUCGUAGCUCCUGUUCUCUGAGCGUGUCUAGACCUUUCUAUCUGACUAGAGGCUAGUCGUAGCUCCUGUUCUCUGAGCGUGUCUAGACCUUUCUAUCUGACUAGAGUCUAGUCGUAGCUCCUGUUCUCUGAGCGUGUCUAGACCUUCUAUCUGACUAGAGGCUAGUCGUAGCUCCUGUUCUCUGAGCGUGUCUAGACCUUUCUAUCUGACUAGAGGCUAGUCGUUAGCUCCUGUUCUCGAGCGUGUCUAGACCUUUCUAUCUGACUAGAGGCUAGUCGUAGCUCCUGUUCUCUGAGCGUGUCUAGACCUUUCUAUCUGACUAGAGGCUAGUCGUAGCUCCUGUUUCUCUGAGCGUGUCUAGACCUUUCUAUCUGACUAGAGGCUAGUCGUAGCUCCUGUUCUCUGAGCGUGUCUAGACCUUUCUAUCUGACUAGAGGCUAGUCGUUAGCUCCUGUUCUCUCUGAGUGUGUCUAGACCUUUCUAUCUGACUAGAGGCUAGUCGUAGCUCCUGUUCUCUCUGAGUGUGUCUAGACCUUUCUAUCUGACUAGAGGCUAGUCGUAGCUCCUGUUCUCUCUGAGCGUGUCUAGACCUUUCUAUCUGACUAGAGGCUAGUGGUAGCUCCUGUUCUCUGAGCGUGUCUAGACCUUUCUAUCUGACUAGAGGCUAGUCGUAGCUCCUGUUCUCUCUGAGCGUGUCUAGACCUUCUAUCUGACUAGAGGCUAGUCGUAGCUCCUGUUCUCUGAGCGUGUCUAGACCUUUCUAUCUGACUAGAGGCUAGUCGUAGCUCCGUUCUCUCUGAGCGUGUCUAGACCUUUCUAUCUGACUAGAGGCUAGUCGUAGCUCCUGUUCUCUCUGAGCGUGUCUAGACCUUUCUAUCUGACUAGAGGCUAGUCGUAGCUCCUGUUCUCUGAGCGUGUCUAGACCUUUCUAUCUGACUAGAGGCUAGUCCGUAGCUCCUGUCUCUCUGAGCGUGUCUAGACCUUUCUAUCUGACUAGAGGCUAGUCGUAGCUCCUGUUCUCUUGAGCGUGUCUAGACCUUCUUAUCUGACUAAGGCUAGUCGUAGCUCCUGUUCUCUGAGCGUGUCUAGACCUUUCUAUCUGACUAGAGGCUAGUCGUAGCUCCUGUUCUCUCUGAGCGUGUCUAGACCUUUCUAUCUGACUAGAGGCUAGUCGUAGCUCCUGUUCUCUCUGAGCGUGUCUAGACCUUUCUAUCUGACUAGAGGCUAGUCGUAGCUCCUGUUCUCUGAGCGUGUCUAGACCUUUCUAUCUGACUAGAGGCUAGUCGUAGCUCCUGUUCUCUGAGCGUGUCUAGACCUUUCUAUCUGACUAGAGGCUAGUCGUAGCUCCUGUUCUCUGAGCGUGUCUAGACCUUUCUAUCUGACUAGAGGCUAGUCGUAGCUCCUGUUCUCUCUGAGCGUGUCUAGACCUUUCUAUCUGACUAGAGGCUAGUCGUAGCUCCUGUUCUCUCUGAGCGUGUCUAGACCUUUCUAUCUGACUAGAGGCUAGUCGUAGCUCCUGUUCUCUGAGCGUGUCUAGACCUUUCUAUCUGACUAGAGGCUAGUCGUAGCUCCUGUUCUCUCUGAGCGUGUCUAGACCUUUCUAUCUGACUAGAGGCUAGUCGUAGCUCCUGUUCUCUCUGAGCGUGUCUAGACCUUUCUAUCUGACUAGAGGCUAGUCGUAGCUCCUGUUCUCUGAGCGUGUCUAGACCUUUCUAUCUGACUAGAGGCUAGUCGUAGCUCCUGUUCUCUGAGCGUGUCUAGACCUUUCUAUCUGACUAGAGGCUAGUCGUAGCUCCUGUUCUCUGAGCGUGUCUAGACCUUUCUAUCUGACUAGAGGCUAGUCGUAGCUCCUGUUCUCUGAGCGUGUCUAGACCUUUCUAUCUGACUAGAGGCUAGUCGUAGCUCCUGUUCUCUGAGCGUGUCUAGACCUUUCUAUCUGACUAGAGGCUAGUCGUAGCUCCUGUUCUCUGAGUGUGUCUAGACCUUUCUAUCUGACUAGAGGCUAGUCGUAGCUCCUGUUCUCUGAGCGUGUCUAGACCUUUCUAUCUGACUAGAGGCUAGUCGUAGCUCCUGUUCUCUGAGCGUGUCUAGACCUUUCUAUCUGACUAGAGGCUAGUCGUAGCUCCUGUUCUCUCUGAGCGUGUCUAGACCUUUCUAUCUGACUAGAGGCUAGUCGUUAGCAUUCCUUUCAUCUGAGCGUUUGUCUUAGACCUUUCUAUCUGGACUAGAGGCAGGUCGUAGCUCCUGCUUCUUCUGAGUGUUGUCUAGACCUUUUCUAUCUGACUAGGGCUAGUCGUUAGCUAAUCCGGUUCUCUGAGCGUGUCUCGACCUUUCUAUCUGGACUAGAGGCUAGUCGUAGCUCCUGUUCUCUGAGGGUGUCUAGACCUUUCUAUCUGACUAGAGGCUAGUCGUAGCUCCUGUUCGUCCUGAGCGUGUUCUAGACCUUCUAUCGGACUAGAGGCUAGUCGUAGCUUCCUGUUCUCUCUGAGCCGUGUCUAGACCUUCUAUUCUGACUAGAGGCUAGUCGUAGCUCCUGUUCUCUGAGCGUGUCUAGACCUUUUCUAUCUGACUAGAGGCUAGUCGUAGCUCCUGUUCUCUGAGUGUGUCUAGACCUUUCUAUCUGACUAGAGGCUAGUCGUAGCUCCUGUUCUCUGAGCGUGUCGAGACCUUUCUAUCUGUCUGGAAAAAUUGUAUGAAUACAUGCACUAAUUUGAAUGAGAACUUGUAACACUAGCUCCAACAAUCAGCUCCCAAAUAAUAAUUUCAGUCAAUUCAAAUAGUCUCUCUCCGCCAUCUCCAUUCUCCACCUCCAGGACACCCAGAGUAUCGAUACGUCUCUGCUGGAUCCGGCCAGUAACAUCACAACCCUGGUGGGGCCCAAUGCCUUCCGCAUUCCCAUCUCCAUCAGACAGAAGCUC